GACCUCAAAGCCAAUCUGAGUUGCAGCAACAAUGUGGCCUCCAUGUCGUGGAACAGCAGCAGGGUAGGACAGAUUUACACAGUGAAGGCUGUGUCUACCGAUGGCCACGUGGACGAGUGCAGGUCCAUUAAGGACCAGUGUGAUUUGACAGGUCUGCACUGUGGACAGAAUUACACAGCUACUGUGGUGGCAGAGAACCAAGACUGCAAGAGCAAACCGAGUGAAAGUGUGACAUUUAAGACUGUGCCAUGCAGCCCUGCAAACGUCUCCUCUGCGGUGGCCUGUAAGGACAACAGUCUGACUGUGUCCUGGUCUAAGAGCUCAGGAGCCGACUCCUACAUCGCCACAGUGCAGGACAGCAUCGGUCAGACCACAACCUGCCAGGGCACGACCGAGGGCUCCUGCAAUGUGACGGGACUGGGCUGCGGUCAGAUCUACCACGCGUCCGUGGUCUCCUCCGAUGGAUACUGCAACAGCCCGCCCUCCGCUACUGUGGAUGGUACACCUUCAGUUCCCUGUAAGCCGACAAAUAUCAAGGCAGUUAUGGACUGCUACAUGCGGACGGCCUUGGUGGAGUGGUACCCAAGUGAUGGAGCUCUAUCGUACAUCGUCAUGGCCACCACCGCGUCAGGCCAAAAUGUCACCUGUAAGGCCAACACCACCUACUGUAGUUUGGAAGGGCUGCUUUGUGGCAACAACUACUCUGUCUCUGUGAAAGCUGUUGGACGGACUUGCAGCAGCAUUGCUUACUGGACAGGACAACUGGUCACUGAGCCAUGCAUCCCUACGCACAUCACCACUCAGUACAGCCUGACGAUCGGCCAGGUGCUGUGGGACAUGGCCGCUGGAGCGGAUUCCUACACAGUUGAAGGAGCAACAGAGCAGGGCCUGAUGGUCUCCUGCACCACCCAAGGCACCAACUGUGCCCUCUAUAACAUGGACUGUGGCCAGAUGUACAUCAUCAACGUGACAGCAAACAAUUUUGUGUGCCAGGACGUGUCCACCUCAACCGAAUCAGUCACAAUUAUGACAGAGCCUUGCCCUCCCAACAUGGUGCAGACCAGUUUGCAGAAUCCCGACGUGGGAAUCGUGUCGUGGGAGGCCAGCUUUGGUGCGGUGGGCUACGUAGCUCGUUUUGUCGGGCGCGAUGGCCACUCUCUGUCCUGUUACACCAACGGCACAUCCUGUAAUGUAAAAGGCCUUCACUGUGGAAUCGUCUACUACAUCCAAGUCAUGGUCAUUGGAGAGACACUCAACAGUAGCAUCUCCACUGAUGUCCUGCUGGUCUCAGCUCCAUGUGCCGCUGGAAAUGUGGCAGCUAAUUUGGAUUGCUACAACAACACAGCCAAAGUGUCCUGGAGCUCAGCUAAUGGAGGGAACUCCUACAAGGUGACUGCCGCAGCAGAGUCUGGCCACCGGGCUUCAUGCGAGACCGCCGGGCUGCAGUGUGAUUUGACUGUGUUGCAGUGUGGUCAGACGUAUAACGUCAGCCUCACAACCAUCAGCGAACAAUCCCAGACCGAGACACUCACUAAUGUCACGUUCAGCACACGGCCCUGUAAACCUAUGAAUGUUGGAGUGAACCGGCAGUGUGGGAUGAAUACGGCCACCAUGUACUGGGAGGAAAGUGGGGGAGUGGAGCGCUACAUGGCUACUGCCAUUGGCAGCAUGGGGAUGACUCUGAAGUGCAACUCCACCAACUCCACCUGCCAGUUCCCGAACUUGUACUGCGGGAAAACCUACACCUUCUCUGUAACUGCAUAUAGUAAGAUGUGUUACAGUGAAAUCAGCAGUACGGUGGAGAUUCAGACAGACCCCUGCCGGCCGACUGGCCUGACAGUCACUGGGUCCUGUAACAACGAGACAGUGGUGUUGGAUUGGUUGGUGGCUCAAGGGGCAUUAGUCUACGUGGUGACGGUCACAGGAGACCUGGGGUACGCCACAGCUCUCCAAACCAAUAUGACAACAGUAGAGGCUCAGCUGCCCUGCGGACAACUGUUCACCUUCACGGUAAAAGCUGAAGAUGAUCGAUGUGACAGCGCUGUGAGCCUGCCUAAAAACUUUAAGACAGGUCCCUGCGUCCCUGAGCAUGUAAAGAGCUUUACACAGUGUGAGAACAGUCUGGGCUCGGUCAGCUGGGACAAAAGCGAUGGGGCCGAAUCCUACAUGGCCAUCGCAAUGGGACGGGACCGCCACACCCACAUGUGCACCACAAACACCACCAGCUGCACCUGGGAUAGCCUGCACUGUGGAGAGCAGUACACAAUUCACGUCAUUGCCAACGACUACCUGUGCAGCAGCCUGCCGAGCAACAGCACUUCAAUACGAAUGGCGCCCUGUAUUCCUCAGAACUUGAAAUCAUCUCUGAACUGCACAAUGAAGGUGGGAUCGCUGACCUGGAAUGCCAGUGAAACUGCUGAGUUUUACAUUGUGACGGCAAAGACCAACAACGGCCACAAAGUGCAGCUUAGUACCAAUGACACCUGGACCUUCAUUUCUGAGUUCCUGUGUGGCCAGGAGUACUUCCUGUAUGUUCAGGCAGUAGACUCUGUGUGCACAAGCCUCCCCAGUCAGCCAUCAAUGCUUGAGUCAGAGCCCUGUCCUCCUACCGGUGUCUCCAGCUUCAUGAACUGCCUGUCUAACAUCGCUGUGGUGUCGUGGAACAGCUCGGCUGGAGCGGACUUCUACACCGCCACGGUGACACAGGGAGACGGCCAAUCAAAGAGCUGCUGGUCUGACAGCAAGCAGUGUGGCAUGCCCAACGUCAACUGUGGCCAGAACUACACAGUGACGGUCAUUGCCUCGAAUGAGAAGUGCAACUCUGACACCAGCCAGGUUACUACACUGCAGUCAGUGCCCUGUGUUCCUACUGACGUGGCUGUGAAGAUGGACUGCUCUACUAAUAAGGCUCUCGUGUCCUGGAUUUCCAGCAAGGGCGCCCUGUCCUACAAAGUGAUGGCUCAGAGCACACAGGGAAACAUGUCCUUCUGCGAGAGUACACAAUUAAUGUGCACCUUGGCCAACUUGACCUGUGGUCAGGAUUACUCUGUCCAGGUGGUGGCGCAGGAUGAUAUUUGCUCAAGUUUACCGAGCCCAGCUACAAAGUUCACAUCAGUUCCCUGCACACCUAGCAUCGGCUCAGUGGUUCUGGACUGCUACACCAACUCGGCCCUCUUGGACUGGGCCUACGCCGAGGGUGGCCUGAACUACACCGCUACAGCCCAGACCACUAGCGGCCACGUGUCCACCUUGUGGUCGGACCUAUAA